UAAAUUACAAAAUACGUCCACUUCCCCCGCGGGCUGAAGACCACAACAGAGAGAAAAGGAGAAAUUCAUCGCUGCCUGAAUCAGACCUAAUAAACAUAUUUUAGAAGUAUACCAUCAGUCUUGUGCUGUACAUGAUGGGCGUCACACUGUUGGGUGUUGUGCUGAUCUUAUUGUCUGUAGGGCUGAAUAUACAGACAGCAUAGAGCUGCAGCUGUUACCCAAGUCACCCACAACAUCACUUCUGCACUUCUGAAAUGGUGAUUUUAGCGGAGAUAACCAGAGAGGAGGAAGUUAUUGAGAAUGAAGAGGCGUUAAUUCGGUAUGAAAUCAAAAUAAUCGAGGAAUUUAACGGUUUUAACAAAGCAGAGGGAAUUCAGUAUGUUUAUACAUAUCAAGAUGAAGGCAUAUGUGGCGUUAAACUGGACAAGAAGCGAUACGUGCUUACAGGAUACCGGUAUAAAGAUGAUGGGAUCAUGGUAAAGUUGUGUAACCUUAUCAAGCGAUGGGAUGAUUUCUCCUUAACAAAGCAAGAAAAUCUCAAACAAACAUAUAAGAUGGGCUGUAACUGCACGAUCUCUAUGUGUCCUGGCAGUCCAUGUUGUUCCCAAUCUAAGAAAGAAUGUAUGUGGAAAACCAACUCUCCUCAGACUCUGGAGUACGCCUGUCUGGAGGACAGUGACGGCAUCUGUAGCUGGUACUGGGCAGGUUCAAAAGCUGAUGAAGAUGCAAUGUGCAAACCCAAAGGGUGGAGCAUUUUCUCAUUCUUAAAGAAGAUAUUUGGUUGAUGCUGAGACUCACUGUUCUUUAUAAAUGCUUAUUCAGCUUGAGUCCAUUUUUAACUUUUAGAGAGGAAAGACCCCAUUCUUUACCCCAAUGACUUUGAAGUUUCCAUAAGCAAAUUAAACACCUUUGUAUGUAAAAAAUAAAUGUGUUUGUCUUUUAC